AUGGCAGACUUCGAGGCAGGUCUGUUCUCCAUUUCCAUAUCGGACGGGGAUGAUAGCGCCCCCGAAGCCGCCGAGCCCUCAAAAUCCACCGCAAAGGUCCCUGGCUCAGCGCGGAUCGCACAGUCGGAGGACGAAUUCCAGGCCGUCAAGCAAGGGUAUCGCGUGAAGGUGGAAAACGGAGAGCUGUGGAAGGAUAUCACUUUACCCUUGGGCGACAAAGUCACAAAGCCCGAGGUACAGGCAUUGUUGCACGCUGUUGAGGAGCUCUACUUCUUCAAGAGGUACGAUGAGGGGGUUGUGUUCGUGAGGAGAUUGCUCGACGGCGAAGAGGGUUCAAGUGGUGGGCUAGAGGCAGACACCGUCAAACUGCUCAGAUAUUACCAGAGCAAAUGUGAGCAGAGAGCUUCAGCAAGCGGAUAA